AUGCCUCGGGGUCAGAAGAGUAAGCUCUGCGCCCGUAAGAAACGCCACCAGGUCCAAAAGGGGCAGCAGGGUCUGAGGAGUGCUCGGCCCACUGCAGUUGAGGGGGACGUGCUCCCCUCCUCAUCUGCUCCUGUUCUUACUAAGAGAAAGCCUGGUGCUAAGCCGCAAGGCAGUGUCAAGGGGGCUAAGAGCACCCUACCCAUCACCACUAGUUCUGAUGAAGGUUCUCGCACAAGAUCACAGAAAGGCAUCAACAGUGGAAAUGGGAAAAAGCAAAGUUCCUCUCCGUUUCCACUCUCCACUGUGCAGUCUCAGGAUGACCCUCUAUCCAGGGUCGCAGUGAUGUUGGUGCAGUUCAUGAUACACAGGUACAAAAUGAAGAAACCUAUUACCAGAGCACAUAUGCUGAAGAUUGUCAAUAAAAAGUACAGAAAGCACUUCAUUGAGAUCCUCGAAAGAGCUUCUUUCAACAUGGAGGUUGUAUUUGGUGUUGACUUAAAGGAAGUAGACUCUACCAAACAUUCGUAUAUCCUCGUCAGCAAAAUGAAUCUCCCCAACAAUGGGACAGUGAGUCGUAGGAGGGGCUUUCCCAAGACGGGUCUCCUGAUGAACCUCCUAGGGCUGAUCUUCAUGAAGGGCAACUGUGCCACUGAGGAGAACAUUUGGGAAUUCCUCAAUAAGAUGAAGAUAUAUGCUGGAAAGAGGCACUUUAUCUAUGGGGAACCCAAAAAGCUCAUCACACAAGAUUUGGUGAAGCUUAAGUACCUGGAAUACCGCCAGGUGCCCAACACCAACCCAGCUCGCUAUGAGUUUCUCUGGGGCCCAAGGGCCCAUGCUGAAACCAGUAAGAUGAAGAUCCUGGAGUUUUGGGCCAAGAUUAAUCACACAGUCCCUACUACCUUCCAAUACUGGUAUGAAGAAGCUUUGAAAGAGGAGGAAAAGAGAAUUCAAGCCACAAUUGCAGUAGAGGCCAACAGUGGUGCCAUGGCCUGUGAAUGUCCUAGGGCCAGCAGCUCUGUCAUACCUAGUGAAGUUGGCCCAAAUCUUUCCCUUCGUGGGUGAAGAGAGCAGUCAUCAUUCCAAGAAGUGCAGGGCUGAGUGUGGCUGAGGGAACAGCACAUAUAAUACCUCUAUGUUCCUGUUCUGCAUGGGUAGUUUGGAGAUUUAGCUGCAUAUUUUUCUAUUUUUCAAAUGCUGAUAGUUCAAAACAAAAACUUAUCUUGCAUUAUAAUCUAUGUUUAUGAAUUAUAUUCGUCACAGUUAUCCUGUUUAAGAAUAAGAGUUUUGCUGUUUUGUGACACAGAUUGGAAAACUUUCAUCCUAUUUAGAUAUACAAGAAAACAUAGUACAUACAAGCUAACAUGGCAUUGGAAUAUGCAUUUCCUUGAAAACUUUUAAAAAUUUCAGCAAUAAAAUG